CAACGUCUCGGCUUCUCAUGGGCUGCUCGGCUUCUUUGCCCGGCGUUGCCGACGCCACCACCCCUACUGCCGCAUCGACCACGCGAAUCGCCGCUUCUCUCUCCCCCGACCGGCUCGCUGCACACGCAGCAACCGCCUCUGUUCUUCGGGCAGCACUGAACGCCGACCUCGUCUCGCAGCGGGCCGCCGAGCGCAACCUCCCGGAGCGGCUGACCCUCGGCCUGUCUGUCGACGCGAUCGAGGAGUACAUCACCGCCCUCCCCGCCGACGUCGUCGAGCAGUGCAACGAGAACCGGCCCACCAUCAACGGCGUCCGCGUCCCCGCCAACGCCACCCUCAACGGCUACGUCAACCAGUGGCAGAUCGCGAGGCGGAGCGAGGCGGACGGAGGCAAGGCGUACUGCGAGGCGCUGUACGAGUGCGGCGACCCUGGCGUGGGCGUCGCCACCGUCUUUGUGAGCUGGUUCCUCGAGACGCCGCUCGCGACGCUGGUGGACGCCCUGCGGCAGUACCUGCGGCUCCACCCAGAGCUGCCGCCCGACACCAAGUUCUGGGUCUGCGACUUUGUGAUCCGCCAGUCGACGCGGCAGCUCGACGUCACGAUGAACGACGUCAAGCGGCUCGGCGACUGCGUCCGCGCCGUCGGCCACACGGUUCUGCUCAUGGAGCCGUGGUACGACCCGUCGCCGCUGCGGCGCGCGUACUGCAUCAAGGAGGUGUUCCACACGCAGGCGUCGGGCGCGCGCUUCGAGGUGGUGAUGAGCGCGGAGCAGCAGGCGGCCUUUGAGACGGCGCUCGUGGAGGACUUUGACUCGAUCGCGACGAAGCUGUCCGAGGUGGAUGUGCGCAAGGCGGAGUGCCGCAACCCGAGAGACACGGAGCAGAUCCUGGGCGAGCUGGAGACCCUCCCAGGUGGCCUGACCGAGUGCAACAAGGCUGUGUUUGGGCUG